AUGCAUCUUGAAGGAAAAGGUCUGGCUGUUGGUGCUUACACCAUCUGGGUAUUGGAUUUUGUUCUUGGAGAAGAAGUAGUGUCCUACGACCGUAAGCGUCUCAUGGAACUGAUCAAGAUGAGUAAUGAGGAGGGGCUAGUCGAAGAAUUGAAAAUUGCUGUUGGUGCGAUGGAAAUAAGUGAUAAAACCGUGACAGACGUGAUGACAAGAAUAAGCGAUGUCUUCAUGCUUUCCAAUACUACCGUGCUCAAUACCAAGACUGUAGCUGAAAUUCUCCGUAUGGGCUAUACACGAAUACCAGUAUAUGAUGGCGAUCGCAACAAUGUCGUUUCUUUGCUGUUUGUAAAAGACCUCGCACUAUUAGAUCCGGAUGAUAACUUUACCAUACAAACGGUGUGCGGUUAUCAUCAGCACCCCUUGCGAUUUGUUGAUGAGCAUACCCCUCUUCGUGUCAUGUUAGAAGAAUUCAAAAAGGGAGAUUACCACUUGGCCAUGGUGCACCGCUUCGUUUCCUCAGACGAUGCAGAUCCAAAGUUCGAAAAUGUUGGGGUUGUUACGCUGGAAGAUAUUGUUGAGGAAAUUUUACAG